AUGGACUCCAGCGCCGUCAAGCAGGCUGUUAUGAAGCAGGUCCUGGCCGAGGCCAACAUGGCCAACGCCCGAGUCCUCAUCGAGAAGCUCCAAGAGAACUGCUUCGACAAGUGUAUUCCCAAGCCCGGAUCCUCCCUCUCGAGCGGCGAGCAGACCUGCAUGACAUCCUGCAUGGAAAAGUACAUGGCCGCCUGGAACCAGGUCAACUCCGCCUACAUCGCCCGGUUGCGACAGGAGCAGGCCAACGGCAACUAA